CCACCCGCGGGUAGCGAUAGUUCGUUCCAGCCGCUUCCCCUGCGCAGGGGCAGCGAUGGUUUAAGCCAGUAGUCACGGGCUGGAGGAGGCCGGCGGGUGCUGGCGCCGCUCGGGCGGGAGUCGGGGUCGCUGGCGGCGGUAGCGGCGGAUUUUUCAUCCCAUUGAGGUUCAAUCCCUCUGAAACGAAGCGGUUGCUGUAGGCCCUGGGAAUGCCAGUGUGACUUCAACCUCACUUAUCUCUAGUUUCACUCAAACUAUAGCAAAGGGAGAAAACAAGAACUGGCAUUAUGUCAUCUUACACAAAAAACUAUAAUCCCUUUGAUGAUGAUGAUGAAGAUGAAGGUUUGAAGCCAGUGAAGUGGAACAAUGGAAAUGACAUCUUUGAUGACCCUACUGAAAGGCAAGGUAGGGAGGCUACAAAUAAACAGAGGUAUCUUCAGCACGAAGUUCUGAGGCGGGCUCAGGCCACAGAAGACAGCAGUAAUAGAUCUCUUUCCCUCAUUUAUGAAUCUGAGCAAAUUGGAGUAGCCACAUCAGAGGAACUUGUACGUCAGGGUGAAGCACUAAAGCGCACUGAACGAAUGGUGGAUAAAAUGGAGCAGGAUUUAAAGAUUAGUCAGAGACACAUAAACAGCAUUAAGAGUGUCUUUGGUGGUUUUGUAAACUACUUCAAAUCGAAACCUCCAGAGACCAAGCCUGAGCAGAAUGGAGCCCCUGAGUACCAAGGAAACAGCAGAUUAAAAGAAGCCAUGGUCUUUAGUAAAGAACAGGAGUCAAAGUACCAGGAGAGUCAUCCAAAUUUAAGGAAGCUGCGUAAUUCUGACUAUGAUUUCAGUGGAACCAAUUCAGAAUCUUCUGUCCAACCUGAUGUUUAUCCAAAGAAUCAACAUCUCCGAGCUUACCACCAGAAAAUUGACAGCAACUUAGAUGACAUGUCCUCUGGGCUGGGCCGUCUGAAAAACCUGGCUCUGGGUCUGCAGACAGAAAUUGAAGAGCAGGAUGACAUUCUUGACCGGCUAACUGGAAAAGUAGACAAACUGGAUGUCAAUAUUGCAAGCACUGAAAGAAAAGUCCGACAACUUUAAAGACUUCUCAGAAAUUUUUUCCUUCAGUGUAAGAUCUUCUUGGAUGUUUAUCUUGCUGGGGGGGUUCUUUGUUUUUGUUUUUGUUUUAAAUCUUGGGCAAUAUCCAUUUCUUACUUUGUCAGUGGUUUAGCUAUCAUUAAAAUCGCAGAAUCUUGAGUGCAACAUAAGAUCUUAAAAUACUUCUUAACAUAUACAUAUGUGUACAUUAGACAGCACAUCUUUUUGCAUCUGGUUACAAUCCUUCACUCUGGAUGCCUAUUCAUUUGUAUUAUGAUGUGCCAUGUGCAUAUAGGAAUUUUCAGUCUACAUGUUUCAGUGCCCUUACUCUUAGAACUGUGGCAAAGAAAAUAACUAAAUUUUCAACCUGUUUUGCAAUGAAUUGUUUAAGAAUUUAAAAAUAGCUAUAUGUAAACAUACAGAUUACCAGCUGUAAAAAUAAUUCUGAAUGAUGUUCCCUAGCAUUUCUGUGUUUGAUGCUGGUACUAACACUAUGCCUAGGGGGAAGUGAUUCUGCACGCUCAAAAAUCCUCCACUGAUGGUGGCGGUUGUCCUUCAUGUGCUGCUUUUCGUCAGCCUACUGAGUAGGUGGCUAUUUGAACAGCAGCAUCUCUCUUAAAAAUGGAGAUUUGGACUAGUACUUCAAUAUUAAAAAUUUUAAUUUUUUCAAAUAGGAAAGGUGGAGUGGGGGAGUUCAUGCCAUAGUCUUAUGUGAUGACUAUUUCUUCCACCGCCAUCACCAUUAUUGAGAAAUUAAACUUGCACAUAUACCUACAUGCUCUCCAGCUCUCUGGCUUUGCAAUUUUUAGUUCCUACAGAUGACAAAUGUUUUAAUUACUUCCAGUUUUCAAAAUCCAAACUGGAAUCCACCUGCUGCGUUUAUUUUCCCCUUAUGCCUUUGUAAAUAACAUUGUUAAACAAAAAUCCAUUUUAAUUCUACAGCGUGGGAAGGUAACAACCAAAUGAUCAUAAUCUAUCUGCCUGAUUGGUGACGUCUCUAAAAUGAGCAGAUAAUAUCGAUUCAGAUCUUAUUGGACAAGUGUCCAUAUCGCAAAAUUCACCACCACAUUUGACAGUAAGAACCUGGUUGGCAGUCCCAGCAGAGAGGCCAGCAAAUUAAAACCCUGUUCACUGCACCUCAUCCCUCCAGGUUGUCAUGGCACAUCGAUUGGCACUGUGGAGAAACUUGCAUUGUAUACAGUUGCCUGUGCUUCAUGUUGUGUUGAUAAAUGGAAAACUUUGGUGUCUAGGUCUGUUGAUUCAGUACCUUUCAUAAUCACUAAAUUAACAAAUUUUUCCCAUUUAAAAAAAGACUUGUUCAAAUCCCAUCUUCUGCCUUGGUGAGAACAUACUCCCUCUAGCGCAUAAAGGACUUAGAGAAUUUUCAACCCUCUUGUUCUAUACAGUCUGUGUAGGAAAGUAAAGCAUUAAACCAUCUGAACUUCCUUGCUAUUGGGGGGCAAUGUUACUGGAAAAUAACUCCUCUAGUGCUCCUGGUAAUUACAUUUCUCUGAUGUGAAACCAUUUGAAAACUAGUUUAUGCUGCACCCUGCCCUGCUGGUGUCACAAAUAUCACUUUGCAAAGAAAGUGGCUGCCACCAGCCAGAAACGCACAGGUGCCAAUUAUAAGAGUAUUCUGCCAUAUAUCUUUCUUCACCUUUUUAAUUUUCUUUUCAUCUCCCAUUUGGAAGUUUUGAAAAAGCCUGUUACUACCUACACAUCUUCUGUCCUUGUGUAUACAUACCAUUACUAGUGCUUUCCCCCAUUGCCAGGAUAUUCACGAGUGAUUAGCUGUCGCCUCUUAAUGUUAAGGCAUUUAUUUAGGAAGUAACAGAUAUCAUUAACUUGUAAAAAGCUGAAAGCGUGUGAGGGGAAGGAAGAUUCAAAUGUUUGUCCUGCCUACCUUUGAUGGCUUAUUUAAGUACUCGUCAGAAAAAAUUGGGUGGGGGGGAGGUUGUGUUUUCUUGCUAUAAAACUUCCAGGACACAGUGCUGAUUGACAGAGGCAUCUUUCUUUUAUGCGUCCAAGCUGUGUGUAUAUGUAUUUUAUCCCGAGUUUAAAAAUUUGUGGAAAAUUCCACUAUUAGUUAGUAACACUAUUACAUUAUUUGAAAUCUGCCUUCACAUGUAUAUGCUUACCCUGCAACUAGACUUUUCCUAAAGCAAGACCUUGGUAAUCAGUGUGCAGGCUGAAUAGUUUUCUCCAUUGGGUUGUAGCUAAUGGAGAAGAAAUGUAGCUAGAAGAUCCAACUACGUGUUCGUGUAUAUUGAAAAAUGAGAGGAAUAUGGGGCUUGGAUAUGAACAGUGAUGGCAAUAGAUUUGUUAUUUUAACAGGGAUGCCUUUAUGACAUAAUUUAUUUUAAGAAGAAAUAGAAUUUAUUGCACAAAACAGGACUUCUUUUAAUAAUGUAGUUUUAUCAACCUUACUAAAAGCUGCUUGUGUCCUUGGGGGAAGACCUUUGCUAUAAGAAAUUUACUUUGGCUUUUAGAACAUUCUGAUCAUUACACAUUUCAAACUAGAACUCAGAAUUAUGCGGGAUUUCUACAAAGGCCUAAUUUCUCAUCUCUUUACUCAACCCCAUUCACCCUUGCUAGUUGGUGACAUCUGCUAUUUCCUCAUUGUUUACGGGGUUCCUGCUCUACUAACGUCUAUGGUCCCAUUUUAAAGGGUUGCUUUCCACAUUAGGGCUCUUUUGUGGGGAUGAGAGUUGUGUUUAAGCAUAAACUAAAAUCUACUGCAAGCUGAACUCCUUUCCUAGCUUUCAUAGAAAAUGCUUUACACUGUCUGCUGCUAAAGAACAUAAACGUUAACAAUGUGAAGAGAGCAAUGCUGUGUUUUGUAAUACAGUGAUGAAACUCUUGCUGACUAAAAACUAUUUUUCAAAAAGAGGAAAUAACUGAAAAGCUGACUCUUUUUUUUUUUUCUUUCCUAGAAAUUUCUGCCUUCCCAUGCUGCUGAAGGCUUAAUUUCUAUAACUAGUCUUUUAGAUCCUAAAACACCAUUUCAUCUUUCUG